AUGUCUCACAGAGGUCAUCCGACUCCAUUAUCUUCCAAUCCUCCCUCCUCAACUUUCAAUGCACAGCGUACGGAAGUAACAUUCUCACCCAACACUUGGGAACCUUCGCCGCAUCGCCCCGUGUCCCGAACAUCAUCCAGGGCAGCAUCCCGAGAGCCUGCAAUCGCGUCAUCAAAGGCGAACGGGAACGGUUCUGCAAAGUACACAAGUGGAAAGAGUACUUUGUCAUUGGGGGAGGAAGACCACAGUGAUCUCGACUCGGACUUGGAUCUGGAAGAGAUGGGGGACAGGAGGCCCCCUUUACACAAACCUGCCGACAGGCGAUCGCAGCAGCCUCUGUUGCACAAGGACGAUGAAGAAAGAGGCAGGACAGGAUAUGAUAAUGCCCCAGAUCCGCCAGAUAGGCCACCUCUCUUUACCAGGCGCUCGACCAUGCGGAGCAGAAGUCCAGAUACACAGGCAAAGUUGGCUACAAGGAAGAAGUACACGUAUGCUGCUUUCUUCUUGGGUUUGAGUCUGGUCAGUUUUGUGAUUCAGACAGAAACUGCGGUCUACAUUCAGCAUGAACUGGGAUGGAAUAAGGCCUAUUGUAUGCUAUAUUUCACUCAUGGAUCUUGGUCGUUAUUAUGGCCCUUUCAACUCCUUAUACUUCGAUUACAAAAGUGGAAGAUGCCAUGGGAGACGUUCUGGCGGAGACAUGUAUACCUCGUUCGAACGACUGCGCAGAUGGUUGAAACACAAGAAUUAUCUGUCCCUCGAAAUCAACAUUCCCCAGUUCCAUAUAUGCUCCGCAAGACAGCCUUAGUUACAUGUGCCUUGACAGUUGCGGGAGGAUCAUGGUACGUUGCAGUUAAUUUGACUUCACCGUCAGAUUUGACUGCGAUUUACAACUGCUCUGCUUUCUUCGCCUACGCUUUCAGUGUACCUCUGUUGCAUGAGAAGCUUCGGCUAGACAAGUCCUUUGCAGUGGCUGUUGCCAUUGUCGGCGUUUUGAUUGUAGCAUAUGGAGAUGCUACCCCUACCAAGCAUGGAGGGAAAUCGGGAGGCUCAGUUGAAGGUGGUGACAAGGAGGACAGUGAGGCAAGCAACCGUGUUGCAGGAAAUCUCAUUAUAGGAGUUGGAAGUGUUCUCUACGGAUUCUACGAAGUUCUCUACAAAAAACUGGCAUGUCCUCCGGAAGGCACUAGCCCAGGCCGAGGGAUGAUAUUCGCCAACACUUUUGGAUCCUUGAUCGGAAGUUUCACCUUGCUUGUCCUGUGGAUUCCUCUCCCAAUCCUGCAUAUCACUGGACUGGAGAAAUUUGAGCUUCCUCGAGGUGAAGCUGCUUGGCUCUUGUGCAUUUCCGUUUUGGCCAAUGCAGUCUUUUCCGGAAGCUUCCUUGUCCUUAUCAGUCUUACGAGUCCGGUCCUGAGCAGUGUGGCCGCACUCCUCACAAUCUUCCUCGUAGCGAUCGUGGAUUGGAUGUGGACAGGCGUCCCUCUCAGUCCAGCCGCAAUUAUCGGUGGAUUGCUUAUUAUUGCAGCUUUCUUGUUAUUAAGUUGGAGUACCUAUAGAGAAAUGGCCGAGGAGACGAAGAAGAAGCAGAUCGAUCUGAGUGACGAGGAUAGCUCGAACGAGGAUUAA